AUACUACGAAGACAGUCCUACUAGACAAGCCAUCUGAAGCCUCUCAGCAGAGUUACCUUCAACAGAUUUCCUCUUUUGUCCACCUGAAGAAGAACAGAGAGAUGGGCUCAGAUUACGAAAAGAUUGAGCUGUUUUGGCCACACAAUCUGUUGAAGGAAAAUAUUGUUAUAGUUGACAGCCCAGGAGUCGGUGAAUCUGCCAUCAUGGAUGACAUGGUAAAAGCAUAUCUCCCAGAGGCUUUCGCUUUUAUUUACGUCAUCAACAGUGAAAACGCCGGUGGAAUACAAAAAGACAGGGUAGAAAAACUCAUUGAACACGCUAGACAGGUGUCCCUUGACAAACAAAGGGAAUCUUCCUCAAAUUGUGCUCUGUUCGUUUGCAACAAGUGGGACCAGGUGCC